UUAAAUAGUCAACAAUCACGACUUUUAGACGUUAUCAGCCGUUGGAUUUAUACUUGACGGUUGUGAUCGUCUACGUUUAAGCGGGUGUAUCGUAUCUCACCACACCGUAUCUUGUUUUCCUCUUCUCCAAUACGCUUCGGAAAACUGGAUUACAGUUAACAGUGGAUUAGUGGAUAAGGAGAUAAAUACUAAAUAUCUUAUUAAGCCACGUGAACAAAUCUUAGCCAUGGAAACAUAAUCUAGUGGCUGAGAUUAACCCAAAACUACUGGUUCUUCUUCUUCCUCUCAUCCAUCUUCGCGCGCUUAAGCGAUUCUCUGCAAAGCUUCAUACCAAACAAAGAGAAGUCGAAAUGCCAGUUUCAGCUCCAUCUCCGCCUCGUCUUCAUUCUCCGUUCAUUCACUGUCCCAUCAAUUUCACUCCUUCUUCUUUCUCGGCGAGGAAUCUCCGGUCGCCGUCAACAUCUUAUCCCCGAAUCAAAGCUGAACUCGAUCCCAACACGGUAGUCGCGAUAUCUGUAGGCGUAGCAAGCGUCGCAUUAGGAAUCGGAAUCCCUGUGUUCUACGAGACUCAAAUCGACAAUGCGGCUAAGCGAGAGAAUACUCAACCUUGUUUUCCCUGUAAUGGCACCGGAGCUCAGAAAUGCAGAUUGUGUGUGGGAAGUGGUAAUGUGACCGUAGAGCUUGGUGGAGGAGAGAAAGAAGUCUCAAACUGUAUCAACUGUGAUGGUGCUGGUUCCUUAACUUGCACUACUUGUCAAGGCUCUGGUGUUCAACCUCGAUACCUUGAUCGAAGGGAGUUCAAGGACGAUGACUAAAUACCUUGCUCUAAGGAACAUUUCUUUUCUUCUCCCUUCUCACAUUUCUUCAUUGUACAAUGCUGUUUUGUUCACCAAACAUGUUGAGAGAACAUCAUGACAUGGAUAUUGUAAUUGUGAAAGAAAACCACCAGAGUUCAAUCAAAUGUUUCUUCUUGUACUUACCUAGUAACCAUGUCUACCUCGUCAAGCACAUUGAUUCAGUUUGUAAUACUAAAUCUAUCCUCUUGCGUUAUGGAAUCAGCUUUCCUUGACCUCAAAGCAGUUACCAUGUCCGACAAAGCGCCUGCCAUUUUCCCCAAUGCUGCUGGAUCAAAUAUGGCUCGGUCUCAAAGAGGUCUUUGAAUCCGGUUCACUCUUCCUUUUUCUAUCCACCAAAUGUGUGUUUGCUUGCGCUACAAUUGGUGAUGAUACAUUGUCUGUUGCCAAUGACUCUUCUGAACCCUCAAAGUUAAUUGAUUACUUACUGUUGAAGUUAAGCAUAUCAUCUUUUUUAAUUUGAUUUAAUAUUUUUCUUCAUAGGCAUAGUGGCCCAUAUUUAAC